AUGGCCGACGACGGCGAUCGCGUCAUCUGCCAUGCUUGCGGCGGGGUCUGGUUGCUAGAUAGCAGAGACGACAGUAGUAGCCUGGAGUGUCCGCACUGCGAAUCUGAUUUCACAGAGAUUGUUGAAAUACCUCCCGAUAGCCCUCAGUCCGAACGUGAACCCGAACUCCAUUCGCCACCAAUCAAUCCGUGGGCAGAUCAUAACCCGUGGACUCGAGAAGAACCAUCGGCGUCGCAGCCAUCCGGCUGGAUGGAUUCCGGAUCCCCAGGGUACUCUCACCGUUCAUAUAGAUCCCCCGAUGGCCGUUUCAUGUUCAGCAGCACCACAAUUGGGGGCGGAUACUCGCCGCGCCAAGGAAAUGCUCAGCCGAAUGCGAUGCUCCCAUUGAUGAUGCAGAGUCUUGAUUCUUUAUUCCAGGGUCUUUCAGAAAGCUAUGAUCAUCAGGGACAGAGAAGCCCAGCAAUGGAUCAUCCUCGUCACCCCUACGCGGCAGGCAUGCGAGAUCACGAUCCCGUGCAAGAUCCGAUGCAUUCCCGCAGUAUAACAGACGAAGACGCUGAACAACGUGAAGGACUAUUUCCUCGUGAUCCAGAUGGCCCGCAGCAUAUGACGGUCCGCGUGGAGAGCUUAGCCGAGUUAGUGACCCAAUUAUCCUCCCGUAUGAGCGUACUGCCUUUCGAUCGCCCCAUGGCAAUGGUAAUUAACGUGCGUCCCCGACGUAACAGGCUGCUUCAAGUUCUCCGAGGGAACAUUGGAACGCAAAGAACAAUCGGCAGACACGGCGUACGCGCUCCAGUGAGCCCGAAUCCUUUCGCCAUGCUCUCGGCUUUACUGAACGUGGACCGCAACGGCGACGCCGUCUACUCCCAAGAAGAGCUCGACCGUGUCAUAUCGCAAUUGAUCGACCAUAACCAGCAAGGCACAGCCGCACCCCCGGCAUCGGAUAACGCUAUCCGCUCGCUGCCCAGGAAGAAAGUGACCCAGCAGAUGAUUGGAUCGGAUGGCAAGGCAGAGUGCUCGAUUUGCAUGGAUGCGGUGGAACUCGACACAGAAGUGACCGUGCUGCCCUGCACACACUGGUUCCACUACAACUGCAUUGAGGCGUGGCUGAGCCAGCAUAACACAUGUCCGCACUGCCGGCGGAGCAUCGAUUCGGCUGGCACCACAAGUCCUGACGAAGGCACGAGCGAGAAUCCAGGCGUGACACAAGACGGUUCUGAAUUCCCUUCUUCUGCUAGCCGUCGACGUCGCUCUUCUCCUUUGGCCUCACGAAGUACGCGCAGCGGUCGGUCUUCUGUGUCGAGGUCAAGCCGCAAUUCACCUACCCCUGAAAUCGGCGAUUCCGGUACACGAAGAGGGAGUCGGGGUGAGAGCCAGCGUGGAGGGUUAACAGGCUGGGUCUGGAGCCGGUUUGGUGGUGGUAGUGGCUGA